AUGCCUCUUCUCCUCCUUGUUUUCACCCUGCUCUUCCACCACCAACACAUCGCUGCCACAAGCUCUGCCACGACAGACACCAUCUCAGCUGGCCAACCACUUGGCAGCAGUGACAAGCUCGUCUCCGGGAAUGGCAGGUACGCGCUCGGCUUCUUCGAGACAGGAAGCGAGUCCAACUGGUACAUGGGCAUAUGGUUCAAUACAGUCCCCAAGCUAACCCCAGCAUGGGUGGCAAAUAGGGAUAACCCAGUCAAGAACACCAUUCUGCUGCAGCUCGCAGUCUUCCAUGAUGGAAACCUUGUCAUCUUAGACAAAUCUAAAAACUCCAUAAUCUGGUCUACCGGAGCAAACAUCACAACCAAUGACACCAUCGCUGUCCUCUUGGACAGUGGAAAUCUCAUCCUUCACAAUCCCUCAAACCCAUCAGACAUUAUGUGGCAAAGCUUCGACUACCCGACAGAUACAUUUUUCCCCGGGGCAAAACUUGGAUGGGACAAGGCCACCGGCCUGAACCGCCGCCUUGUUUCUUGGAAGAACUCAGUCAACCCAGCUACUGGUACAUACUCUGAAGAGUUAGACCCCAGUGGUGUCGACCAGUACCUUCUUACAGCACUGAACUCUCCCAUGCCAUACUGGUCUAGCGGUGCCUGGAAUGGCCAAUACUUUGCCUUGAUGCCAGAAACGUCAAAUCGUCUCUUAGUCAAUUUUACAUUUAUCAACAAUGAUCAAGAAAAGUACUUCAUGUAUACCCUAGACGAUGAAACCAUGGUUAUCCGUAAUUAUUUGGACAUGUCAGGUCAAGCAAAGGCAUAUAUGUGGCUAGAAAGCUCGCAGAAGUGGGUACCGAUGUUUGCCCAACCCAAAGCCUGUGAUGUCUAUGCAAUCUGUGGACCUUUCACAAGCUUCACCGUGAGAUCACCGAAGGACUGGGAGCUGGAUGAUCGAACCAGUGGGUGCACGGCAAAUGCUCCGUUGGAAUGCAGUAGCAACAGAAGCACAAGCUCAGCAGACAGGUUCUACUCUAUGCCAUGUGUUGGACUGCCACAAAAUGCCCAACGCAUGCAAGUUGCUUCUAGUGCUACUGAAUGUGCACAAGUCUGCCAGAGUGACUGUUCAUGCACCGCAUAUUCUUUUGGCAAUAGUGGAUGCUCUAUUUGGCACAAUGAUCUGCUUAACGUCAGGCAACAAGAAUGCAAUGGCAUUUCUAGCACAGAUGGAGAAAUUCUUUAUCUACGCCUUUCGACCAAAGAAACUCUAACUCACAAAGCCAACAGAAGAGGAUUGAUUGUUGGUACAAGUUUUGUUGUUGCUGCUUUAGGUUUGUUAGCACUGGUCGUACUGCUGGUGUUUUGGAAGAACAAAACCAUGUUCUCUGGUGGAAUAUUAAACAAUGCUCAAGGUUUUGAUGGUAUCACUGUGUUUGGGUACACUGAUUUGCAGCGUGCAACCAAACAUUUCUCUGAGAAGCUAGGGGGAGGCAGCUUUGGUUCUGUGUUCAAGGGUUCUUUAAGUGACUCAACAACCAUAGCGGUGAAAAGGCUCGACCAUGCUUAUCAAGGAGAGAAGCAAUUCAGGGCCGAGAGAAGAACCACAAUACCCUGGAAUUCUAGAUACCAAAUAGCCCUGGGAGUUGCUAGAGGAUUGGCCUACUUGCACGAGAGCUGUCAAGACUGCAUCAUACACUGUGACAUCAAACCAGAGAAUAUCCUUCUUGAUGCUUCGUUUGCUCCAAAAAUUGCAGACUUCGGGAUGGCCAAGCUUUUGGGAAGGGAUUUUAGCCGAGUACUGACUACAGCGAGAGGAACUGCUGGGUAUCUUGCGCCUGAGUGGAUCUGUGGGGUCGCAAUCACACCAAAAGCCGAUGUUUACAGCUACGGGAUGGUGUUGCUGGAGAUCAUAUCUGGGAGGAGGAACUCACGUCCAUCAUGUGCUUGUGAUGGUUACCAUGAUGACUACUUCCCUGUGUAUGUCGCGCGCAAGCUUCUUCAAGGAGACACAGGGAGUUUGGUAGAUCACAGGGUAUAUGGUGAUGUCAAUCUUGAUGAGGCUCAAAUAGCUUGCAAGGUUGCUUGUUGGUGCAUACAAGAUAAUGAAUUUGAUCGGCCAACAAUGGGACAGGUAGUUCAUAUUCUCGAGGGGUUAACUGAAAUCAGCGUCCCCCCAAUGCCAAGGCUACUUCAAGCUAUCACUGGCACUGGAAGCUCACAUUCAACAUGCUCCCAGUCACUUAGUGUUCACUAUUCUAAUUCAUGA